AUGGCCAGCCCCUUUCCCGUUCCCAACGCAACAGUCCCGUACUGGCGGACAGAGCUCCAUGAGCUCGACUCUCACCGUAGCACACCAGAAAUACCCGAGAAACAGGACAUCGUCAUCAUCGGGGCUGGUUUCGCGGGUGCGGCGCUGGCGUACUAUCUGCUCAAAGACAACCCGUCGAAGCUGAGCAUUACUAUUUUAGAAGCUAGGGAGGCUUGUUCAGGGGCCACGGGGCGGAAUGGCGGACACUUAAGACCUGACCUCUUCGUCGGCGUAGCAUCCAGGAUGCAAGCUCAAGGCCUUGAGACGGCGAACGAAGCUGGGCUCUUCGAGGUCGCCAACGCCAAGGCUGUCGUCGAGCUUGUCAAUGAAGAAAACAUCGAUUGUGAUCUUCGGCAGGUGACCACGGCUGACAUGUUCGUCGACGCGGCUGAAGCUUCUAAGGCCAUGAAGCUAUGGGACACGAUGUCGCAACUAGAUUGCCCUACUCUGAAGGAUGUUACUUACCAUGGCCCAGAAGAAGCUGAAAAGGUCACGGGUAUAAAAGAUGCUAAAGUUGCUUUCACGUAUCCGGCUCACACGCUGUGGCCGUAUAAACUGGUCAUGAACCUGCUAGCCAGUGCUGUAAAGCAAGGCGUUAAUUUGCAAACUCAUACAUCGGUGCUGGAGGUAUCCGAGACGGCUGAUAGCGAGGAAUUAUGGACACUUUCGACACCGCGAGGCAUCACAAAAGCUAGACGAGUUAUCUUUGCAAAUAAUGCAUACAUCAGCGGCUUGCUUAGCGAAUACGACGACGCCAUCUACGGCGCUCGCGGCACCGUUUGCAGAAUCGUGCCAUCUUCUCCUCCGCAGCCACCGGCGUGGGAGAUACCGCUAGGCUCUUGCGGAUUGGAGUCGGAGAGUCCUGAUAAGAUCGAAUCGUACUAUGGCUUGCGCCCAGACAAGAGCAUAAUGGUAGGAGGCGCGAGGAGUACGUUCUAUACUAAGCGGGAACUGUGGUACAGGAAUUUCGACGACUCAACGCUCAUCGAGCCUGCGGUGCCGUAUUUCGAGGGCUGGGCCGCAAGGACGUUUGAAGGGUGGGAGGAGACUCCCGUCAAGGUAGACAGCGUAUGGACGGGCAUCAUGGGCUAUUCAGCGGACGAUGCGCCGCACAUCGGCCCUGUGCCCUCGAAACCGGGCUUAUACUCGUGCGCCGGGUUCAAUGGCCACGGUAUGCCAAACGUCCUGCUCUGCGCCAAGGGCUUGGCCAGGAUCAUUAAGGACGGCUGCCCUUUUUCGGAGACAGGUGUGCCGGGUUGCUACGAGACCAGCGCCGCGCGGCUCCGGAAGAUAUCCGAGACUCUUGCGGGUUCCAGCACGGGGCGGGUGCGGACUGAUAUUUAAGUGACAGUAGGUAUGAGUGUGUGAAGUAUGUAUGGUACCGACAUGCCUGCGUACCAGAUAGCUGCUAAGCCUCUAACCUAGGUAUGCAUGUAAGUGCUGAUGUAGGUGAUGGUGGGUUUCUUGGUUAUGGAGACUGGCUAGGUAACGCCCAUGGAAUGAAGGUGUGAGAUUGGCUGACAAGGUUAGCAUUAAAGUAGUUGAAAAGUGGGAGUUCCUGAUUGAUGACACAAUCGAGGGCAUUUAUCCAUAUUGAAAUAGGUGUAAAAUAGUUAAUCUCAAGUUGGAGUUUU